AUGAGUUCUUCAUCGUCUGCUUAUAAAACAGCUAUUAAACAGCUUAUGACUCGUAUUCAAACGAAUUCUAAUGAUACAAAUUCGAUUAAUCAAUUAAAUACAAUAAUUGAACAAUUUCUUCAAAGUUAUCGUUUGAAUGGUUUAUUUUCUGAAUGUUUACAAUUUUUAGUUCAAAUUGUUAAACAAUUAAUUGAUCUUUAUCCAACAAUAAAUGAUUUUCGUCCAUUAAUUAUUCAAUGGUUAAAAUUUAAACGUGAUGUUGAAAAGAAAAAUAAAGAAUUUUUUGAUUUAAAAAUUAAAUUACGUUCAUUUCUUGAUGUUGCUUUACCAUCAACAUUUAAUCGGACAUCAUCAAAAGCAAAGGAUUUUCUACUUUGUGAAUUAUAUGAAUAUCGAAAUGCGAAUAUAAAAUCAACACAAAUGAUUGAUGAACGUCGUGCAAUAGUUUGUUCAUUAUACGAACAAUUUUUUGGUGAUGGUUCAGAUCAUUUUCUAUGUGCAAGAAUUCUACUGGAACAGAUUAAACUUGAUUUAGCAAGUGGAAAUACUUUAGAUAUUGAUGAAUCGAAUAAUUUAGCAAAUCAUUUACGAAAAUGUUUACCAACAUCAGAUGAUACACAUGGAAUAGUACAACGUUUAUGGCUUUAUACGGAAUAUUAUUUAAUUAAAUUUCAAGUUUAUUAUUCGAAAUUAACGAAUGAUAUGUCAAAAAAAAUCAAGCAAGAUUAUGAAGAACAAAAACGGCAAGCAGCAGAAAAUAAUUCAAUUAAUCAAAUUGAAACUUUUCAUGCAGAAUCAAUGACAAUGGAAGCACAUAAGAUGUUAGGAAAAUUUUCUGAAAAAUCUAUUAUGUCUACAUUAUUUAAAAGUUGGGAUAUGAUUAAAUCUAAAUCCACGUCAUUAUGUACAAUUGAAACUCUUAAACGUGUAGCAAGUAUAUAUCCAAAUGAAAUCGAUAUGUUCUAUUCAAAUUUACAUACAAUUGCUGCACUAUUUGAUCUUUUUCAACAUUAUACGGAAGCAAUGGAAAUCUAUCGAUAUUUACUUGAUUUACUUCCAGCAUAUCAUCCAAGUCGGCUAACAAUUAUAACAGCAUGUAAUCGAUUAGCAAAUAAAUGUUCAAUUAAUCUUGAAGAUCGAUAUAAACCAGUACCGAAUCUUUCAUCUCGUGAUUAUCCAAAAGCAACAACGCAAAUAUCAUCAUUUGAUGUUGAUGAAGCAUUAAAUUUAAUUACUAUAGCAGAAAAUUUCUUACAUAAUAAAAAUGUGUCAUCAUGUAAACAAACGCUUGAAAUAUUAGAAAAACGACCAAUUGUUUCAUGUUCAUAUGCAGAUAGUUUUUUUGUACGCUCACAUUUAUAUAAUCUUCAAUCCAAACUUGUUUUAAAUGAUGAUGAACAGUUAAAAGAUUUUAGUCGAAAUGAUUUUCUUGCUUUAAUUGAAGAAAGUCGAUCAUAUUGUGCACAAGAUUUACGUACAUCUUUAGAUAUUGUUGAUGUUAAUCGAUUACCAGAAUUAUCACAACUUCAAUUAACUCCACUUGUUCUACAUGCACUUCAAGCUUAUUUAUCUCAAGUAGCACAUUUAAUUCUACUGAAUUUUGAAAUUGGUCUUUAUCGAAAUGCUAAAAAUUAUCUACUGGUUGGUUUAGAAAUUUCAGUUUAUUUACAUGCUAAAAGAUGGUUUACAUUUUUUCUUGCACUUAAUGCACAAUUUUUUAUUCUAUCUCAUCAACCUGAUUGUGCUCGACGUAAAUUAGAUCAACUUUCACAUCAUUUAUCAACAUUAGAUAUUUGUAAUGAUCGUAAACAAGAUUUAUUUAUUGAUUUUAUUUAUUCAUGGUAUGAUUAUGUUAAACUUGAAUAUGAUUAUCAUACGCAUGGAUAUGAUCACAUACAAACUGUAUGUGAAACAAAAUUAUAUCAUGAAUAUAAACAACAUAAUCUUUCACUUGAUUGGCAUCGUUUACUCUUUCAUCGUAUUCAUAUACUUUAUCGAUUAACUUAUUUUCAACAGCUACGAAAAAAUAGUAAAUCAAUGGAAAAUAGAAAACGAUUAAUUUGGAACAUUCCUUCAAAUUCUGAAAAAUAUACUGAAUUUACAUUUUGGACGGAAUCAUGGCUUUCAUUUCUAAGUCUUAUUGAAGAUCAACCACCUGAAAUUCUCGAUAAAUCAUCUCUAUGGCUUCAUCCAAUCAUCGUACCGGAUGAAUCGAAUUUAACUUGUUUACCAGAAUGGACUGCCAUGAAUGAUGAUCAACAUCCUUAUCAACAACAAACAGAUAGUAAAUGGAAUAAUAUCUUAUCUCCACCACAAGUUAAUACUGGAAAUCCAUUUGAUUUAAAUUCUAUGACAACAGAAGAAAUAGUUUCAUUAACAAAUGAACCAAUAGUAAUUAAAACAAAACCAAAGAAACUUAUCGAUACACCACGAGGAAAAACACCAUUUCUAUCUGAAAAUCAAAAAAUCCUAUCGACGCCGAAUAAACCAUCUUCAUCAACAACAACAGCAUCAAAUCUAAUGAGUACUUUUCGAAAGCAAAUGUCUAUUGAUUCAUCGAUAGCAUCUCCUGUAUGUACACCAAGUCGUACUGGAAAAAAACUUCCACCAUUAGUAGUAGCAAGUAGUAAUACAUCAUCUCGACCACGACGAGCAGCAGCUAUAAAAGCCGAUGAACGUAUUCAACAAAUUCGUUAUGAUGAUACCAAUGAAAAUUUACAUCGAAUAAAUAAUAAUAAUAAUAAUAAUAUCAUUUCACCAAGAAUUUUAGCGACAAAUUUAAAUGAAAAUAAUUCAGAACCAGUUGAAUUACUUAUUGAUCAAUUAGAUUCAUUACAUAUUGAACGAAAACUAAAGUUUGAUGAUGAGGAUGAAGAAGAAAUAAAUCCAUCAAUAAAAUCCAAUGAGAAACUUUUACAAAAAUGUAUUCAAUUACAUGAUCGUCUAGCUUAUGCUCCAAAUGCAAAAUUAAUACGUUAUUUAGCAGAAUAUAUUAUUUUAUUAGCAGGUGAUCAAGAUCCUUGGCUUGUAGUUACGUUAAUUGUUGAAAUGCAAGCAAUUGGCUUUCGAUAUAAUGCACUUUGUAUUUAUCAAAGAAAAAAACGUCACAAUACAGAUCGAAGUAGUACACCAUUACCAUCAGGAAGCAAUGUUUCACCCGAACAUUUAUCUCAUUAUAUCGAUGCAUUACAUUUUCGUCCAUUAACAAUAGCCUAUCUAAAAGAUAUAUUAAUAAAUGAUCUUCUUCCAGCUAAACAAGUAUGUGUAUGUCUUCAUUCAUUUACACUUAUUGAUGAUCAAAUUCUUGCUGUACAAAUACGUGGAAAUUAUUAUGCACCUGUUAUGCGACGUAUUAUAUUUCCAAGAUUAUUAGUAAAAAAAUUUCAUUUUUUAAUUGAAUCAAAUACACAUACAUUACAUGGUAUAACAGAUCAUAAACGUUAUUGGGCGAUUCGAAGAUAUUUCGAACAAUUAUUUGAACGUCUUCUCGAAGAUUUGAAUUAUGUUUAUUUAACAUCACCAAUGAGAUGGUGGUGGUUACCUGAAACUAGUAUAUUUGAUGGGAAGAAAGCGAUGAUUGACGAUCUUCUUACACCAUUGACAAAUUCACCUCAACAACGUCGUUCUAUUGAAUUUUUUCUUCAUCAAACAAUAUUUUAUUUAUCGUCACUGGAUGAAAUUCGUCAAGAACUUUCGAUAAAUCUUCCAUCAACGAUUUAUUCUCAUAUUCUAUCGAGUCGUUUAAUUGAACGUUUACUUGAUUAUAAACAACGUACUUAUACAAAUACUUCACCAUCAAAAUCUCGUCCACCUCAAAAUCUUUUACUUUUUCUUGAUAAUCAUCUUCAUAUAUUUCCAUGGGAACAACUUCAUUGUAUGACAUCACUCUUUCGUCGAAUAGUUAUCUAUCGUUUGCCAUCAGUUUUAUUACUUGAUGGUAUGCAUAAAUAUUAUUAUAAUUCAUCCUCAUCUCCAUCUGAACAACAAUCAAAUGUAGAUAAUAAUGAUACGACUAUAAUUCCUAUGGAAAAAACAUUUUAUCAUCGUAUUGAUGUUGAUAAAGGUUAUUAUAUAGUUGAUCCUGGUAAUGAUUUACCUCGAACAAAAGAACGUUUUCGUAAAUUUCAAACUGAUAAACCUGAUUUAAUUGAAAAAUGGAAUGGAGUCAUAGAACGUUUUCCUACGAAUGAUGCAAUUAAAGAUAUAUUUAAAUCAAAAGAUGUACUUUUAUAUAUGGGUCAUGGUUCAGGCAGUCAAUUUUAUCCGGUUGAUGAUGUACAGAAAAAUUCUUCUCGUUUAUGUGUUUUAUUAAUGGGUUGUUCAAGUGCGCGUUUACAAUCAUUAGGUGAUUUUGAAGUUUUCGGAAUGCCAUUUGCUUAUUUAACAUGUGGAGCUGCAACAAUUCUUGGAUGUUUAUGGGAUGUAACAGAUCGUGAUAUAGAUAGUUUAACAUUUUUUUUACUUGAACAACUUAAAGCCGGUGCAUCACUUGGUGAAGCAUUACGAUAUGGUCGUGAUCUUUGUAAAUUAAAGUGUUUAAAUGGAGCUGCUCCCGUUAUUUAUGGUUUACCAGUACGAGCGCGUUAA